GGGGGGUGGACCUAAACAAGCCCUGCUUCCUACACCACCCUGGCCCCAGGCUGUCCCAGCCAGGGCAGAGAGAGGGGAAGAAGCAAGUAACCCAGGGAGUCGGGCCCUUGGAGAGGGGCUAGUUUGACCAGGACCCUCUAACUCUGCCUGGAGAGGUGGUGGCUGCUGUUUUGUGUGGCCCGGGAGACAUCACCAAAGCUCGCCUGCAGGAUCUCCCCCUCAGGCUCACUUCCUCCCACUGCUCAGCUCUGCAUCCUGAGACUGACGUAGGAUCUGGAACUCACUGCACUCUCCCUGUCAUGGGACCCAGGAUAGGACCAGCAGGUGAGGGGCCCCAGAUGCCAAACAAGGACACCAAGGCUACAAUGGACAUAGAAGACACACCUGGAGGCAAAGCCAGCCCAGAGCCCCAGAACUCACGGCCACAUGUGUUCCAGAGCAUCAAGUUCUUCGUCCUGUGCCACAGCCUGCUGCAGCUGGCUCAGCUCAUGAUCUCUGGCUACCUCAAGAGUUCCAUCUCCACCGUGGAGAAGCGUUUCGGCCUCUCCAGCCAGACCUCAGGGCUACUGGCCGCCUUCAAUGAGGUGGGUAACACAACCUUGAUUGUGCUUGUGAGCUAUUUUGGUAGCCGAGUGCACCGGCCCCGCAUGAUCGGCUAUGGGGCGGUCCUGGUAGCCCUGGCGGGUCUGCUCAUGAGUGUCCCGCACUUCAUCUCGGAGCCAUACCGCUAUGACCACACCAGCCCUGAGGAUGUGUCCCAGGACUUCGAGGCUUCCCUGUGCCUGCCCACAACCUCAGCCUCGGCCCCUGAGUCCUCCAAUGGCAGCUGCUCCAGCUUCACAAAGGUCCGGCAUGUGACCGUGGUGGGGGUCAUGUUCGUGGCACAGACCCUGCUCGGCGUGGGCGGGGUGCCCAUUCAGCCCUUCGGUAUCUCCUACAUCGAUGACUUUGCCCACCACAGCAAUUCACCCCUCUACCUCGGGAUCCUGUUUGCUGUGACCAUGAUGGGGCCAGGCAUGGCCUUUGGGCUGGGCAGCCUCAUGCUACGCCUCUAUGUGGACAUUGACCGGAUGCCAGAAGGUGGUGUCAGCCUGACCCCGAAAGACCCUCGAUGGGUGGGUGCCUGGUGGCUGGGCUUCCUCAUCUCCUCUGGCAUGGUGGCACUGGCUGCCAGCCCCUACUUCUUCUUCCCCAAAGAGAUGCCUAAGGAGAAGCAUGAGCUUCACUUCUGGCAAAAGGCAGUGGCAGGUGCAGCCUCACCUGUCAGUAAGGUUGAGGACUCCCCCUCUGAACAGAGCCCUGAGGAGUCCUCAGAUAAGCAAGAUAACCCAGCCCAGAUAGCACCAGACCUGACUGUGAUCCAGUUCAUCAAAGUCUUCCCCAAGGUGCUGCUGCGGACCCUCCGCCACCCCAUCUUUCUGCUGGUGGUCCUGUCUCAGGUGUGCAUGUCAUCCAUGGUGGCAGGCAUGGCCACCUUCCUGCCUAAGUUCCUGGAGCGCCAGUUCUCCGUCACAGCCUCCUUCGCCAACAUGCUCAUUGGUGGGCUCUCCGUCCCCAUGGCCAUUGUGGGCAUCGUGGUGGGGAGUGUCCUCAUCAAGCGUCUCCGCCUGGGCCCCAUGCGCUGUGGAAUGCUUUGCCUGCUGGGGUCGCUGCUGGCUCUGGUGGUCAGCCUGCCUCUCUUCUUCCUUGGCUGCUCAGCCCACCCGAUUGCAGGCAUCACUCUGCAGCCUGGCACCGGAGCGGAGCUGUUUCCAGGCUGCAUGGAACCCUGCUCCUGCCCAGUGGAUGGCUUUAACCCCGUCUGUGACACUGGCGCCCGCGUGGAGUACAUCACGCCCUGCCAUGCUGGUUGCAGGGCCCAGGUGGUCCAGGGGGAUCUGGAUAAAAGCAAGGUUUUCUAUAGCAACUGCAGCUGCGUAGCUGGGGGAGGCCCUGUGCCCGCUGGCUCCUGCGACUCAGCUUGCAGCCACCUGGUGCUACCCUUCAUCCUCCUGGUCGGCCUGGGAGCAGCACUGGCCUGUGUCACCCACACACCAGCCUUAAUGCUCAUCUUAAGGGGUGUGAAGAAAGAAGACAAGACCUUGGCUGUGGGCAUCCAGUUCAUGCUCCUGAGAGUUCUGGCCUGGAUGCCAAGCCCUGUGAUCCACGGCAGCGCCAUUGACACCACCUGUGUGCACUGGGCCUCGAGCUGUGGGCGUCGAGCCGUCUGCCGCUACUACGACCUUGACCUGCUCCGAAACCGGUUUGUUGGUCUGCAGUUCUUCUUCAAAACUGGUUCACUGGUGUGCUUCGCCCUGGUUUUGACUGUCCUGAGGCAGCAGAACAAAGAGGAGGAGACCAAGGCAGCUGUGUCCAGCCCUGGCCUACAGCAACAACUGCUAAUGCCAGGGCCAGAUAAGAAGCCAAAGGAUUCCAGCAUGUGAGCUGUCCUGGGACCCAACCAGGACAGAGUGGCAGCCACAGUGGGACUUCCUCAGAGCCGCUUGCCCAAGAUUGUCAGGAACACUGCGUUCCAGGACUGGCUCCACCACUGAAUCACGAGUGACUUCACGCAAGCUACUGGCUCUCUCUGGGCCUUUGUUUUCUCAUCAGAACCAAGGACUUAUUUGGGGGUUUGUUGUAUUGAGCACGUCUGAAGCAAGAGCGUCUUCCCAAGUCUCCCCCAGCAACCAGCUGACCCCAAAUCAAGCUUUCUUGGCUGGGAGGGCUGCAUAUCUUCACCAGGGGCCCUAGGGUAGAGAAACUGACAAAGUAGACCAGACUCUCCUCCACACCACACACAGCCCUGCUCUGCCUCUCACCUGGAGCACCCUCCCUGAGCCUCAGUCCCGUCUUCUGUCGGGUGGGAACGGACUCGCCAGCUUUCAGGCCCAUUCAGCUGUGACCAUCUGCGUGGCUUGGAGACACAGGUCUCCGCCCAACCCUCAACAACUGUCCCUUUGGCGCCCCCUGGAGGCUGAGCCCAAGGCUGGCUUUUAAUUAAGGGGCACCCUACAAGGAAGAGGGAGCUGGCUUCCCACUCAGGACCUCCCAGCCUGGCAAAACCCCGGGGUGAAGGCUGGCAUGGAGCCUUGCCAAGAGACUCCAUGGAGGGAGGGGAGACUCCCUCUUGGACUCAGGAAGUCCCUCAGGGAGCCACAGUUUGGGAGUGAACCCCAGCCCCUGCGUUAGAAGUCCUGGAGUGGAGGAGGAGACCCAGCCAUACACUUAGGCAAUUUCCAACAUCAGAGAGCAAACUUAAUUGCUUUCUCCGCAUUGUCAAGAUCUCACACACCUGACAAGGGGCCACCAAAGUCUCUGUGACUUUUAUGAAUAGAAUUCAGUUUCCUCUUCUCUUCCCUAAUGCCUAAGUCCCUGUCAUUGGUCCUCUGUAGGUAAUGUUCAUUGCCAUGAGGCUCAAGUUAGUGGUGGCCUCCGGUUCUUAGGGGCUGUGCCCGAUCCAUUGCUAUGACAGGCCUUGUCUUUUCUUCCCAGUCUUGUCUGUCCCAGUUAUUUCCCUGGGCCAGGAGGGUGUCUCCUGAUUCUCUCAGUCCUAUCUGUUGCCAUCUGUACACCCUGCCUGGAGCCUAUAUCCUGGGAGGCACCACACAGGAAGCUAUUGCUGAUGGCACCCUGUAUACCCAACGCUGCUGGGUGGGGGCACUCAUGGCUCUUGGCCUCUGGGCAGCUCCCGGUGCCAGUGCCUGGGGCUUUCUCAUGUGCAAGAUGAAGACGGAGGUAUAGAAGGUCUAAUUUCUAUCUUAUUCUACCACUUAACUGUAAAUGUUUAACAAAUAUCUGAGCCUGUAUUUAUCAGUGCCAGGGAUUUCAAAGUCUCCUCCAAGAAGAUGAAGCUUCUGUAGGUUUAUAUUCCUUCUCCUUCCCUCUGUUGCCCAGGUUUUGCAGAUAUAAUUUGGAAUUAUAGAUACAGCUUAUUAUUAAAUUUGUUCCUGUACAAUGUCUCCUCUAUUACAAAAAAUCCCUUCUUAUAAACUGCAUUAGAGGAUUGCAACAACCACAUUAUUUCCAGUUAUUUAGAUUUAAAUUUUACCGGGUUCAUUGCUCA